CACAUUUAUUAAUUCUUGGCAGGGCAGACUACUGCGUAAAGUGGAGAUACGAUGAACAUGUUAUUAAUAUGAGAACAAUUGAUAUUUUUCUCUGGUUUCCUUCGCCUUGGUCGAUUGAACUGCCGUUGUAUCGUUUUGCCUGUCUCUCUCUAAACCGUCAAGCCCCUCGCUCUGUCUGUCACGAUGGGAUCCACCGAGCUUCCUUAUAUCGCGACUAACCCGAAGAUCAUCUUUUUCACUGAUUUUGACGGGACGAUCACCCUGAAAGAUAGCAAUGACUAUUUGACCGACAAUUUGGGCUACGGGUAUACGAAACGCAGACAAGGAAACGAGGAUGUCCUGUCUGGGAAAGCUACUUUUAGGGAUGCUUUCCGUGACAUGUUAGACAGCGUCAAGCCUGGCUUCGACGAGUGCAUCCAAGUCCUAAAAGAGAAUAUGCAGCUCGACCCAUACUUUACCGAAUUCUAUUACUGGGCUAAGGAGAACAAUGUCCCGAUCGUUGUUGUUUCGUCGGGUAUGCGCCCGAUCAUCAGCGCGCUGUUCGAAGUGUUGCUUGGCCACAAGCCAGACCCCAAGCACCUGGCCAUCGUCGCCAAUGACGUCGAGAGUCGCGACGGGAAAGAUAUCAACAGCCCUGGGGGUUGGCAGAUCAAAUAUCAUGAUGACAGCCAUUUUGGCCACGACAAGUCCCUCGAGAUCAAACCUUACGCUGCCUUGCCUGCCGAUAAACGCCCGACUCUUCUAUAUGCCGGAGAUGGUGUAUCCGACUUGUCAGCCGCCGCAGAAACCGAUUUGCUUUUUGCAAAGAAGGGUCAUGAUCUCAUCAAAUACUGUGAGCGCGAGGGGAUGCCAUUUACCAUAUUUGAGGAUUGGUCCACCAUCCUUGCUACCACCAAGGAUAUCCAUAGCGGCAAGACCUCGCCCAAGAAAGUUGCCGAAGAGGGGUUGGAGAAGAGGUAAUCAGUAUGCAGAAUGAUCCUAAAUUCAAUAGUACAUAGUAAGUAUGGAUCACGUCAACGCUACAAAUGGGCAGUAUAUUGCAGAUAUGACGAAGGAGAGCCCUGAAAAUGGAUUGAGUGAUAGUUUCACGACCUAGAAGUUGCCCAUGUUCUACGGCACCGCUCCAAAGCAAAACAAAAAUAUCCAUUCAUGGCUCGCACUGCCCCUUUGGUCAUUCCUGGGGGUCCACACAGAAGCACAGAAGAGCAACACAUUCCCCCGGCUCAAAUGCGUACUGGCGAAGAAUUCUCUGGUCAAUGGGUCCUCUUUCGCCCUUCCAGGCUUCCCCUGCCUUAGACAGCACAUGCGUAAUCUGGAUCUGAUCCAGGUAGUCUUGAGCAAAUGUGUCUCAUUCGGCGCGUAUCAGUAUGUCGUUUUGCGCUUCGUUUCAUCUUUGCUCAUGUUGGCAUCUUUACCUCCAGGAUGCCAGCUCAAAACGCCUAUAGCAUCAUAUACUUUAUCAUUGAUAAUAAUCCCGCAAUUAUCCUCAGCGCAGUGCUUUUCGAUCUCUUCCCCGGUAAACUGUUUCUCUCGAGCUGAAGCCCUACAGAGCAGUGCUGGGAGGCAAGUCCAAUCCAUCCUCAUGCCAUAUCCCAAAUCCCUUGUAGGCAGCCUUGUGUAAUUGUAUAUUUUCUUCCUUCUGCCACUGGUCUGCCUUGUAUUUUCCCUUGGGUGACCGCAACCAGCCCACAACAGAGUCGAUGGUAAAUCCAAC